AUGCACGUCCACGAUUUCGUCGCCGUCGCGUACGCCCCGCGCGAUCCUCGGCACUGCACUGGCGGUUUGCGAAACUGCGCCGGCGCAGUGCGACAAGCACCAGGCAGCGAGAGCCCCGGCUUUCGUGGGCAGCACCGCGGUAGCACGCCCGCCCGUCAAGGUAGCCCGAAACGAGGGGUCCGCAACAAAAACUGGUCGGUGGAGACAAUGACGAUU